UUAUUCAAAAUAAAAAUUGGGCGCUAAAACCAACCCAAUAAGAAUCCAUAUUUGAAAUUGAAAUUACUAUACAAUCAAACACUUUUAUUCCAUCUUUUUAAGUCUUCAGUUCUACACAACUUCAUCAGUUAGAAUCCUGAAACAUUUCCAAAUGGGUUGUGCAACAUCUCAUCUGCUAAACCAUGAUGAAGAUUUCCCCAAAAUUGGCAGCUCUGCCUUGAGCCAUCAUAUCGUCUCUCUCACCUCCACCACUUAUGGCCUCUUGACACUUGACCCAUCUUCCUCAAAAGCCAAAACCACCAUCUCAAUCUUUCCCAAACCCGUGUCCGAAGCCAUAUCCGAAUCACCACCUGAAGUCAUAAACUCCUGGGAGCUCAUGGCAGGUCUUGAUUCUACCACCGAAAGCUUCCGCCUUUACCGACAACCCUCCAAAAUCUUUCAAGAAAACUCAAAUCUUGAUCCUCAAGAUCCAGUCAUUCAAGAAAUUUCAGAUCUUGAUCAUAAAGAUCCCAUCUUUCUGAUGGCCGGUCUUGAUUCUACCAAAGAAAAUCGACAAUCCUCAAUAAUCUUUCAAGAAGACUCAAAUCUUGAUCCUAAUCAAGUCUUUCAAGAAAAUUCAGAUCCUGAUCAUAAAAAUCCGGUCUUUCAUGAUAAUUCAAAUGAUGAUCAUAGAGAUCCAAUCUUUCUCAUGGCGGGUCUUGAUUCUAAGACCAAAAGCUUCCGCCUGUAUCGACAACCCUCUAAAAUCUUUCACGAAGGCUCAAAUCUUGAUCCUAAAAAUUCAGUCUUUCAAGAUAUUUCAAAUCAUGAUCAUAAAAAUCCAAUCUUCCAAGAAAAUGCAAAUGUUGAUCAUAAAAUUCCCAUCUUUCUCAAACCUGUAACACCCAAAAGAUUUUCACUAGAUGAAUUUGAAAAUCUUUGCCCGCCAAAAGGUGAAAACAAGGUAGUGGUGUAUACCACAACAUUAAGAGGUGUAAGGAGGACGUUUGAAGCAUGUAACACAGUGAGGACAGUGUUGGAGGGGUAUGGAGUGUUUGUUUGCGAGAGAGACAUAUCCAUGGAUUCGGGUUUCCGAGAAGAACUCCGAGAGCUAAUGAUAGGGAAAGAUAGCAAAGAGCUGGUGCCACCAAGGGUGUUUGUGAAUGGUAGAUACGUGGGUGGAGUUGAUGAAGUGGUAAGGAGCAUGGAAGAUGGGAGUUUGGAUCAGUUGCUUGAAGGUUUGCCUAAAUCUAAAAGUGGGUAUGUUUGUGAUGGUUGCGGUGGUGUUAGAUUCUUGCCUUGUUUUAGGUGUAAUGGGAGUUGUAAGAUGGUGGAUUGGAAGGUAGAAUUUGGCGGACGGCGGAAGAGGGUGGUGGCUCGAUGUGGUGAUUGUAAUGAGAAUGGACUCGUUCACUGCCCGAUUUGCAGUUGAUACAUUAAUCGUUAGACUGUCUCCAUCGCUUAACACUUGAAGGGCGCCUUUUCCACAUCACCCUGCCCGAACUAAUUUCCUACUCUCUCCUAUUUUCUAUGGAUUUCACAUUCCCUCUCGUCCCCUCUCACAAGUUUAGCCCCUUCAACGGUCACCCGUCACAGGGUUGGAGAUGGUCUUAGUUUUAGUGUAACUGCUCUUAGUUUAUAAUUGUUGCUGGUCUAGUUGUAUAUGCAUAUUAUUUUGUGGUUGUAGCAUGCUUGAUUAUAGACUAGGAGAUUGUAGUCAUGUUUUCCAUAUAUUGUAUGAUUCAAGUUAUAUGAAAAAACCAAUACUAAAAGGUAAGGAUUGA